AUGCUCGUGAAUAAGUGUCUCGUUGAGGUAGAUCGGAUGGAUCGCAUAAAAAUGCACGAUCAUUUAAGAGAUUUGGGAAGGGAUAUUUCAUAUCAACAAUCGCCCCACCGUCUCUGGUUUUCUAACCAGACUAAUAAUGUCGAGAACCAAACAGAAGUGAGGGAAAUUCCAAAUCAGCUGUCAACCUUGUGCUCUUGUUUUUCAUGGCAUAUGAAUAUGAAAGUUGAGAAACAAAUAAAGGUUCAGAAAAGAAUCAGCAUUCGAGGAAUAAUGGCCACCUCAAAUAGGUUGAAGUAUGAAGACAAGUAUGGAGACAAUAUGCUUUCCCCAGGAAUAGAGUUCCGAUCUGAAUCAAGUCGUCAGGAUAGGAAAGUUGUGUUUGAGACAAUGGAAGGAAUUUGGACCCUCUCACCGUCUUUAGGCGGACUAAAAUUUAUUGUGGUUAAAGGACAUGAUUUAAAUCAAGUUAUUGGUGAAGCAUCGCAAGAGCUAGUCUGGCUGUGCUGGUUCCCUUUUAGGCAGAGAAAUCUUCCAUCACAACUUUCAUUAAAAAAUUUGAGGGUUCUAGAAAUUUAUGAAGCAGAUUUCAAUGACAGUCAAUUCCAAGAACUAUGGAAGGAUGCCAGCGAUGCUCCUAUUCAGUUAAGAGUGUUGGCCAUUUUCAACUGCAGUAAUUUCCAAAGAUUUGCAGAGUCGAUAGGAUCUCUCAAGCAUUUGGAAAAGGUAGUCGUCAGUUCUUGCAGGCUGAAAAGUCUACCGGAGGGUUUUUGCCUCCUUCAAUCCUUGGAGCACAUGGAUUUGAAUUGUCAGCUAUCAUCACUCCCCGAUAAUUUCGGUGAUGUGAGAAAUCUGCGGUAUCUUGAAUUGUCGGCGUGCUGUAAUUUGAAGAGGUUGCCAGUCUCUUUUACGAGGCUGAUACUCCUGCAACAUCUCCAUUUGGUGGGAUUGUCUGAACUCCCAGAUAAUAUUGGCGAUUUGAGAAAUCUGGGGUAUCUACAUUUGUCGAGGUGCAGGCAGUUGAAGAGGUUGCCAGUCUCCUUUAAGAGGCUGACACUCCUGCAACAUCUCCAUUUGGAGGGACUGCCUGAAAUCACUUUUGAGUCGGACAUCAUGAAAGACAUGACAAAGCUGGAGUAUGUUGAUCUUUAUGAGUGCAAUAAACUGGAAGAAUUGCCUUCUCACAUCACAAAUCAGCGCUCCCUGAUACGGCUCAAUUUAGGUACAGGGAGUUUAAGGGAGGUACCAGUGAACAUUGGUGAACUGAGCAAGUUGCAACACUUGUCUAUUAAUAAAGAAAUUACUAUCUUCAACGCAUGCACAGCUUCUACCAUAAAAAUUUAUCUUUGCAUGAUAGACUAGUAGAUAGAUAUUCUAGAAGGAUUUCAAAUCUUCGUAAUCGAUUCAAGGAAUUAUUAAUAAAAAAAUCUGUUUUUGUGCUGAAGCAUGGAUUUAUUGUUUUGUUUUCUCUUUCUAUUCUGAUCUCUUCCUUCAAAUUGGUAU